UAAAACAACAUUGCACUAUAGACUGUAAACAAAAGGUUUUAUGCUGUUCUUAUCAGUUCAAUGGCACAAGUUCAUUCGUUUGAAGUAUAAUCUCUUGUGAAAGUUUGUCACUAACUAAUGUGAUUCCAUUCAAGAAAAGAAUAUUCUUGCAAUGGAUAGAUUUAACGAGUACUGGGAGCUGCUUUCUGAUAAAAGCGUUCCAAUUGGGAAGGAGCUGAUAACAUACUACAAGACACUUCAUGAGAAUGAAGACGGUGCGGCAUUGUCUAAACGAAGUUACAGCUUCCUUCUACAGAACUUGGUACAGAAUCCUUACCCAACCUGUCAGCUGCUACGGUUACUUGCGACUUCUAAAAUUCCUUUCAAAAAUAAUACAAUCCGGGAAAUUUGUGAUCAGGGUAUGAUGGAUUUUCUUGGCAGCUUCACGCAGGAAAAUAAUGAUAAAUUCUACAACUUAAUAUCGAAUAAUUUGCUUUCCACUGAUGUGGUAAACAAGUUAGUGCCAAUCCUUUUACAGCUGUUAGAGGAGAAUCGAAUUGAUAGAGAGCUGAUAUUGUUGGCAUUACUUUCUAGAAAGUCUCGGAAGUUGUUAAAGAAUUUUAUCAAGUGUAUGAAAGUGGCACCGGAACAACAGUAUCUUCUUAUGGUAGUUGAGAGCCGACGGCAUUUUUUACACAGUGUUCUGGAUACCAUCGAUAUACCGUUCCAAAACGAAGAAAUUAAAACGUAUAUAAAAUUUUUUCAGUUGAUAAGGUAUCUCAAUGCUAAAGGAGGGAUUUCAUCAAUAUUUGAGGAUUGGAAAAAUCCCGCAAAUAAUACUUUAGUUAUAUAUUCUCUAGAAAUGAAGCGCACUUUACUGCUCCAGGAACAUUUUGCAGGACUGGAAAAUCCUCCACGCAUUGAAGAUUACGCUAAAGAUUCGUCAGUCAUUGCUAUGUAUUUGAAGAAAAAUAUAAAAAUUGUUCCAUCGCGUUAUGAGAAUUUACUUGAAAUUAUCAAAGAGAAUGAUGGGUUGAAUGAAACAAUUUUAGAAACGUCAAACUCGGAUGUGCAAUGUACAGAUCAGCGUGAGGAUUAUAAAUGUAUGCGCAUGUUAAUGGUAUGGACGUAUAUCAUGGACAUUAUGAAGAAAUCUACUCAUUUGAAAAGUUUCGAAAGUGUUUUUGAAAGUAGAAUUUCCAGUAUUAGAGCCACACUCAAAUCUGUUGAAAGUAUCGAAAUAUUUGUAGAAAUACUGGAAAGUAUUCUCACCUUGCUAUUUGUGCGGUUUGAGCAUGUUCCACAGAAAUUGCCAGGACAGACUGGUUUUAUGUGCUCCGAUGUCGUUCUAGAAGCUAUUUUGAAUUGUAUGAAACUGGUUUGCAUGCAUAGGAAGCACACGGUUAGUUAUGCCAACAUUGAUGAAGAAAUAAAACAGCGAUUCAACAAUUGUCUUGAUAUUAUCAACGACACCCUCUGGAGAGUGACCCUUGUUGCAAGUAUUUCAACGAAAUCAGAUGCUUCAGUUAAAUUAGUGGAUGUGGAUUCCUGCAUGAUUAUUGCGAAACCGGCGGAUUUUGCUCAAGAAAAUGACAUGCAAGUAUUUCAUAGUGUAGAAUCCAUGCCAGAUCGAAGCAACAAAUAUGCAACUUUGCCAAGAAAGAAGCAUUCGAAACGUAGAUCAUACCAAUCGCAGUUCUCAUCUAGUGGAUCUAACGGCACUAGAGCGAUGCAACAUUCGCUUCCACUGCCCAGUAAACUUAGUUCAUUAGCGGAUCCUGUAAUACAGCCGAUUAUUACCAAACAAAGAAACACGUUUUCCAAAAUGUUUGGUACACCAGAAAAACUUGCCACACUUUGUUUGGCUAGUCACAAUCUAGACGCUGCCAGAACGAUAAUAAAAACUAAUCAAAUUAGUAGCACUCCUGUGGGACAGGAUCUAAGCUUUUUGGAAAGCUUUUCCCAAAUACAGCAAAAAUUAAUCAGUUUAAUCACGAACUACACUCACAUGCAACAAGAGAAACCGGAGGAAAAAUGUUCCGUAUUGGAAGAUCUUCGCACAAAGACCGCUAUCGGGUUCGAAGCCUCCAAAAUCAUCAGUACGAUUGAAACCUUUUCAAGUGGGCAAAAAAUUCAACAAACCGAGGAAGAAUUGAAUCUGCUCGAAAGGUUUGUAGUGCAAUAUCCAUUCCUGAAACAUUUUCUAGGCGACUCCGUAAGAAAUAUCCAUGUCAUGGAUCUCCUGCUAGGUUUGUCAAUGGGCUAUGACUUGAAUUUGACUAUGUAUAAUAUGAUAUCGAAAAGUUUGUACAGCUCUAAUUCCGAGGACGUGAUCAGAUAUACCUACGUAGCUUUUCUGAAACGAUUAAUUGAUGAUUUACAACAAUUUCGGAGUGCUGCCACUGCCGGAAAAUCAAUGACACUGCACGCGUUGUUGAGUAAUGAUGUUUGUCCUUUGGAACCUUCUCAAUUGAGCAUCACACUAGAUGCUCGCUACCAGAUGGAAAUGUUGAAAUCAUUGGAAGAUCUACGACAGCACGACAGGAAGGGACAAUGGCACGGGUUCCAUAAAAUUAAGAUAUUUACAGAAGGAAUACAACAGCUCGGUAAACUUCAGAGCAACUGGAGCGUUGAUCCGAAUGCAGAGAACUUGAUCAAUACUGAUCUAGCAACAAUGAUCACUGCAUUGGCUUUCGAGGAUGGAGUUCCCUUGCCUAUUUUAGAAAGUUUAGCCAUAGGAACCAAUUCGAGCUUAGUUCACAUUAUAGCAAGGAAAUUAUUUAAUGACAUUGAAAAGCAAUCUGAGAAUAUUGAUGCUAGUGCUAACACAGAAAUGUUAGAAUUCAUCAAACAAAAAAACGAGCUUUUAGGAGUCCUCUUUGAAACGAUUGUUUCGCCGGAUCAGGCUGAUAAUUUAUUGAAACGCCUGCAUGAUUUACCAUGUUUCCGUACUAUAGCACCACUGUACAGUAGCAGAAUAUCGGCUGUUCUGGAUUUCGAUCAGCCUCAACUGGAUGUGCUCACUACGACUGAUACUAUUCCGGAGCUGCAACGCAUUAAAAUACUGGAUACCUUAAAAUGCAUCAAAAAUCCGAAAAACCAUGAAAUCCAAAAACUUCGUCAUGAAAUUGUAUCCACUUUCUUGAAAUCCGCGGAUCUAAUGGAUGAAAUGCCUGCCGAGGACAUACUGCAUGGUACCAAAGAUGUCGUACUGAAGGUAGAAUAUUUACUUAAGAUAGGCGAAAGAUUACCAAGAGCACAGAGUAUAAUUCGAUUGAUUAAAAGUAUUCUCCUAUCGAAACAUGCUUCAGAAAUUAAUCUAUUAACGAGACAACAUCUGGAAAGUUGGCUUUUCCAGUUGCAGGUGUACGAAGAAGUUGGUACAAUUAUGGAAAUCGAUGAUUGGCGUACGGUUAAAAGUCUCUCGGAAAGUAACAAAGAUUUAGUAAUACAUCAACUCAUCCAGAAAAAGGAAUAUCAUCUAUGCUCCCGGUGGAUUGAGAUUCACCCAUUGCGAUGCGAUGAAGAUAACACAUUGCUGGAUAUUUUCACACUCGCCGUAAUCAGGGCAACAAAAGACAAAGAAAAUUGUUCGGUUCUACUGGAAUUGAUUGAACGAAUGUCCACUGAAACCGUUGUUCAAUUCUAUGAGACAAUUUUACUUGGCGUCAAGGACCAUGAAGUUAUCAGACACGCUGUAGAAUAUCUGGAAAAACAUGGUGAGAAUCGAAAAAAAUAUCAAAAAUAUCGCAUUUCAUUGAAAAUCUUCGACCAUCUGCCGAUGAGUGAAUCUGAACGGCUUUGGCAUCUUAUAAGUCGGCCAUUACUCAUUAUCGAGCAGUAUUUAAUGAACUCCAAACUAGAACUGCUCACGUGUGUCAUGUCAUCGAUUCGUUCAUUACUGCUGGAGAACGUUUGUCAGAUAUGUUAUGAACAGCGUGAAUAUAUUCGCGAUCUACGAUCGACCGGUCGUUUAAGCGGGUCUAUUGAUUUGGAUUCUAGUCAUGACGAUCAAUUUCUAACGAACGAGUGCAUCGACUGUUUACUUCGGAUCUACGCUGGGAAAGCGCUGGACUAUCGGAUUUUCGGAGACAGCGGAACAUCGGGAGAAUCGAUGCAUGAUCCAAGCGGAGAUUUAAGUAGCUUAGAUUCUCUCUGUGGAGCUUUUAUUAUGCCCAAAAAAGUGCCAACGAGGGACGCAUGGAUCAAUGACGAAGACGCUUCGCAUUGUAUGUGCUGUCGACGAAACGUUUUCUCCAUGCUAAACAGACGCCAUCAUUGCCGCCGAUGUGGCAGAGUAAUAUGUCACUCGUGUUCCAAGAAGAAAUUGAUAAUACCGGUAUUGUAUGAGAAUGUUCCCGUAAGAGCUUGUGUUGACUGCGUGAAACAAUCGCAGAUUAAACCAAGCGUAACAAUUCCGCACAGUGAAAAAACAGUCACUGUGAACGACUUUGACCAGUGGCAGUUAACCGGAAAUGUAAGAAACGAUAACAUUAUACGAGAGGAAUACAGCUACGAAUAUGCACCCUCGACGAACCAAUGUUUGGCCAUCUGCAAUCUUCACAAUCAGAACGAGGAAAUUUCUAACUUCCUAUUGUAUCACUGUGCCAAGCUGGAAUCUCUACUACGACCUAUCCAACCAGGUCGUCCUAAUCCGGAAAUUGAUUACGCUCUAGUAGCUCGAAUGUUACUGAAUCUCACGCUGGCGGCUAAAGUGCGGGGAUUGCAAUUUUCCGAGGCUGACAAAAUGAAGGAACAUGCCGAAAUAAUAUUGUCAAUCGUAAACAACGACUGCGAAUCAUUGCUCCUACAGGAAUCGAUGACUAGUGCAAAUUUGCGCAGAUUACGAGACGCCCUCGUGAAGGCAGAAAAGUGGAAGCUUGCUCUCGAACUUUCGCUCAAGUGUGGCUUCGCAACCAGUGGAGUUAUGGCUGCAUGGGGAACAACGUGCUUGCGAGCUGGUUGUUAUGAAACUGCUAGGGAAAAAUUUUCCUACUGUCUACAGAAGUUGUCAACCGAUGCUGAUUACAGCACAGUUUUAAAUUGUAUCGAGUCCCCGGAAACGAACUUAUGCAGCUAUAAGGCAAUUGUUCCAGUUAAAAGACCACUUAAGAGUCCGCCGCUACUACUGGAAAUUGUUACUAUUUUGGAAACAACAGCCCAAGCUCAACCUCCAGAAGUAAUAGCCAGGGCAAGUGUAAUCAAAAAUUCAAACACUUCCCUGUCUUUCAGUAUCCAUCGGAAAGUUAAGGACAACAUUCCCCUGCAUGAGCCGGCUUUGAACGUUCUAAAUACUCUUUCAAAUCUGAAACACAUUUCGAAAGGAAAUUUCACAGAUUUUCUGCCUGAGAAACGUGCCUUGCGAAACCGCGAACCACCGACUGCCUUCGCUAGUAACAAAUCAACGGAUUACCUGCAUGCACUUGAUUGCAUAAUGAGUACCCGAUUCUUCGAAGAAUCUAUGUUUUAUUUAUUGAGCUACGGUGCACAUCAUGAUAUUAUUUGCUUUUUGAUCAAGCAUCGGCAGAUUUUUCCUGCUAUGAAAUAUACCCUGAUGCAGCAAGUUGAUCCCGAAGUUUUUCUCCAAACCAUCGUCUUGCCGUUUUUGAAAACCGGAAAACUAGAAACCGUAAUACAAGUGAUGAGCAACAUAGACGAGACGUUGUUAGUCUGGAAGAGCUACGUCAUACACACGUGCCGCUAUCUUGAAACUAAUCGCAUGCUAAACUGUUUGUACAAUCUUCAACUACUGCUACGGGAUCCGAUUCGGGCUAGCAUGACCUGCGUGCGAUUCUACUCGUUGGAUGUGAAAAACUUCACUGAUCUGGAAGGAAACACGUUCCACUUGAAAAAUAGCGUAGCUCAUCUGCAAGCAGAGCUGGAGCUUUGCAACUGGGAGGAAAUUAGCAUAAAAAGUCUGAGUGACCGGAGCGAAACUCAUAAAAGCCUUUUAAUGAAAAUGGAACCGAAAGAACUGAAUAACCAUAUCAAUACCAUUCUACGGCAGCUGGAAGUUACAAAAUUUCUAGCAAACUGUGAAUCUAAGGAACGGGAUGUGAUAGGAAUACUACCAAAGUUAUUCAUUGAGUCGUCGAAAAUUCCAACGCUAUUCGGAACAACUCAUGAGAAACUUCAGUUGGCCGUAUUGAUUUUGAUCUGUGGACAAAAUAUUGAAGAAGGGUUUGGUUUAUCUUAUAGAGUAAUUCAAGAUUUUAACUUGAAUAGACUUAGAGUUUACGGUUUAGCAGCCAAACAUUUAAUCAAUCAAACCAAAAUGGAUGAAAUCGAAAAGCUACUUCAAGCAAUUGUCAGUAACAGUUCUCCUACCACAGAUACUAGCAGCUUUUGUGACGAGUUAAUCAAAACCUCGGUAGAAACGGCUGUUACUAUUCACGGAAACAGCUCACAAAUAAAAACAUCCCUCGAAGCUUUGAUUAAACGAAUCAACGAUGUUGGAUUGAAGAUCCACUGCUAUAUUGUAACUGGUCAACUGAAGACCGCAUAUCUGUUAGCGAAUAAAACUGGAAGGAUUGGAGAUAUUCGGAAGAUCGCCCGACAGGCCGAUGUGUUGAAUCAAGUUCACGUGAAAAGAUUGUGUGAAAUGAAGUUGACAGGGUGGACUAAAGAUAUACCUUGAAUUUAUUGUUUCUUUGAUGUUGAUUUUUAAGUGUCUGUUAAUGUUUAUCAUUAUUAUAAUAAAGUUUUAUAUAUAUUUCUGAUAUUACA